GGGAGGAGGUGGGAGAGCUGCAGCUCGUGAGGCUGGCGCUGCAUCAGAGAUGUGAGUGGCGGGAAGCGGCUGUGUCUCGUGCCGCAGGAGGACAGGAUGGCGGGAGGACGUCGGGGUCUCGUGGCUCCACAGAACACGUUCCUGGAGAACAUCGUCCGCAGGUCCAACGAUACGAACUUCGUGCUGGGGAACGCUCAGAUCGUCGACUGGCCGAUCGUCUACAGCAACGACGGCUUCUGCAAACUGUCCGGUUACCACCGAGCAGAGGUCAUGCAGAAGAGCAGCACCUGCAGCUUCAUGUAUGGAGAGCUGACGGACAAAGAAAUGAGUGAGAAAGUCCGUUUGACCUUUGAGAACUAUGAGAUGAACUCUUUUGAGAUUCUGAUGUACAAGAAGAACCGGAUGCCCGUUUGGUUUUUUGUGAAGAUUGCUCCAAUCAGGAACGAGCAGGACAAAGUCGUCCUGUUUCUCUGCACCUUCAGUGACAUCACCGCCUUCAAGCAACCGAUCGAGGAUGACUCCUCAAAAGGUUGGGGUAAGUUUGCCCGUCUGACUCGAGCGCUGACCAGCAGUCGAGGAGUUCUCCAGCAGCUCGCCCCGGCCGUGCAGAAAGGAGAGAACGUCCACAAACACUCACGGCUGGCGGAGGUUCUCCAGCUGGGGUCGGACAUCUUGCCUCAGUACAAACAGGAAACGCCGAAGACGCCGCCACAUAUCAUCCUGCACUACUGCCUCUUCAAGACCACGUGGGACUGGGUCAUCCUCAUCCUCACCUUCUACACGGCCAUCAUGGUGCCCUACAACGUCUCCUUCAAGACCAAGCAGAACAACGUCACCUGGCUGGUGGUGGACAGCAUCGUGGACGUCAUCUUCCUCGUCGACAUCGUCCUCAACUUCCACACCACCUUCGUCGGCCCGGCCGGAGAAGUCAUCUCCGACCCCAAGCUAAUCCGCAUGAACUACGUCAAAACCUGGUUCGUCAUCGACCUGCUGUCCUGUUUGCCUUAUGACGUCAUCAACGCCUUCGAAAACGUGGAUGAGUGUCCCUCUGCAGGUAAAGGGGACGUGUUCGGGGACGUCUUCUGGAAGGAGAUGACGUUGGCUCAGUCGUGUGCCAACGUGCGAGCGUUGACCUACUGCGACCUUCACAUCAUCAAACGAGACGCGCUGCAGAAAGUCCUGGAGUUUUACGCUAACUUCGCAAACCACUUCGCCCGAAACCUGGUUCUCACGUACAACCUGAGGAAGAGGAUUGUCUUCCGCAAGAUAAGUGAUGUGAAACGUGAAGAGGAGGAGAUGUUGAAGAGGAAGAACGAGGCUCCUCUGAACCUCCCUGCGGACCAUCCAGUCCGGAGGCUCUUCCAGCGUUUCCGUCAGCAGAGGGAGGCGCGGCUUGCAGUUGAGCGAGGCAGCCAGGCUGCCAGUGAUGUGGAGAAAGGUGUCAAUCAGCUCGAUCAGCCCAGAGGUCCGGAGGUCUUGGCCUCCACCAGUAUUGUCAUGGUGACAGAAAGCCCUGCCAUGCCCACCACCUCCUCCACAUGCACCACAUCCGCCUCCUCCAGGACCUCCAGCCGGGUCAUGCUCCAUUCUCCUGCCACGCAAAAUGGAAACCUGAGUGGCUGCAAAUCCGCAGAGCCACCCAAAGCUAAAGGUUGGGGACGAUUCAAGGAGUCAGUCGUGAAGGCUGAGUCGUGGAGCAGCGUCGCCAAGGCAGAGUCCCUGGAGACUCUGCCCGAUAGAACUAAGUCUCAUGAUGAAGUGUCCCUCAAGAAAACUGACUCUUGUGACAGCGGCAUCACAAAGAGCGACCUCCGUUUGGACAAUGUCGGAGACGCCAGAACGCCACAGGAUCGGAGUCCAGUCCAGUCUGAGGAGAAGAACGUUUUCUGUGCGAUACCAGAGCAGAGCAUGCAAGCCUCCUUCCUGGAGCUGAAACAAGAAUUAAGAGGAGACAUGAGAUCUCUGAACGGUCGCAUGGCGGCACUGGAGGGUCAGUUAGCUGAGAUGCUUCGUCUCCUCAAAUCCAGGAAGUCGUCUGGCUCUUUCUUCGAGAUCUCGCGACCCCCCUCCCCCGACUCGGAUAAGGACAGUUUCUCUUAAACCGGACGUGGAAUCAAAGUUGAACCAUUCAGAGAAGAAGAGUGUGGGCGUGCUGACGCUCAGCGACGGUAACACUCCAAUGACAGACGCACGAAGUAACGUCCGUAGCAUCGCUCUGCGUUUGAAAUGACGUCAAACUGGAAGGAGGAACGGUUCGAUCUUUAAUCAGAGUCUUGAUAUUCACAACGGCACCUUUGGUCGUGAGGAGGGUUCGUAGCCUUCAGACCUUCACUUGUUAUCGGCAAUAAUAACAGUUGGCUUUAAUGUUGUUGCUUUAAACGUAUGCACUGUGAUUUAGUGACUUUGAUCAAAGUCUGUUUCGCUUCCCAGAGCCUCCAGAUCCUGAAGGGUCACUUUUCAUUGGCUGUCGGCUCUGUCAAUCAAAAGAAGGUUUUUUACCAAGACUGUUCAAAGUGCUGGAAUCAAGAAGAGACGUAUCAGCUGAUUCAGAAACAGAUGGAAACCUUUUCUACGCAGGGACGAAAGACCUGAUGAACUUGAGUCCAGGAGGAAAAUGACGGUAACGACAAACUGUAACCGGCCAAUCAGACGAGCUUUCUUCUUCUUAUCAGUUUCUAAACCUUAGAAUCUCACGGUGACCAUGAUUUCUCUACUUCCAUGUAUUGUAGGUUCAUUUUAGUAGCGCUAAUCGACUGCUGCGUGAGAUCGUAGUAAAAGCAGGAGGCUGUUGAAGUGGUUGAAGAGCGUCGACCAAACACUUCAGAACAAUCUUCCUCGACCUUCAUUCAGACUGAAACACUGUGUUCAAACUUCAGUGAGAUUUUAAAUCCUGAAUCAAUGUGAAAGAUUGAAAGCUGAACUAAACGCUGUGAGGAUCCUGAUGCAAAGGUCGAUUAUUUAUUUUCUUCCAAAUCAGUCACAUUUUUCUGGAGCUUGUCUGCAUUACUGAGUCCGUUAUUAAAACAAAUCUCCAUCCACACGAAGAAAAAACAACUACAAGCGUAGGUGGCGAUAAAGAGAGAGACGAACGCUGUGAUCAAGUUAUAUUGUUUGAGGCAGACGUCUGUGAAUGUGGGUCAUGUGGAGCAGUGAUGCUAAAGUUAGCUGCUAACUUGUAAUUAGACCUAACAUUGCUAGAUUUUAAAAUCUGCCCUUUGGAAGUCGUUUGUACGAAUAAUUUGAGUGACUUAAAACACUGCGUGGACGAGAAACAGGAAAAAGUCUGUUUUUCCAAAAUAUUCAGUGUGAACUGAGCUUUAAUCUUACUGCAUCUGACCACGCCCCUUUAACACCUUGUGACACCUACAUGUGUGACGACUGGUGGACACACGCACGUCAUCGCCUAAACCUAACUAUAGGUCUACUGUCAUUCUGCAGAACGAAUCACACUGAGUUGAAGAACUUUGAGUGAACGUGGAUUCUGAUAAAUGUUCUGUCCUAAUAUUCCGGCACAUUGAUAUUGUCUGUGUUAGCGGGGAGGCCGGUGACCCUCCUGCUUCCUGUGGCAAAUUGCUUCACGUGGAGUUUAACUGAACUUUGACCCGAUAAUAUGAAAUCACGUUUUGAGAGGUGAUUUCAAAACAGACGAUGAAGUUUCAAGUCAUGAGAAUUUAGAAUCGUUCGAUCAUCCACCUUCAUUAGUUCAAUCGUCACUUCAGCCUCCGACUGCGACACUGAACUGAUCGAACCAAAUGCGUUGACAGAAAAUGUUUUAUUUCCUGAUCCCAACAUUUAACUGCAGAUUUUAUUCAAACCAGAUUAAUACUGUAGAAUAAAUUGUGUUUUUUUACUUUCUGCUCCUUGAACUUGAACUUGAGUAAAAGGUCCAACGCGAAUCUGAAGCUUUGUUUCUUCUGAUCGGAGGAAACGCGACGUUUGAAAUGUCCUGAAAUGUCUAAAUGAUAAUCUGAGAGUUUGUCUGUAUCCUGUGUCGCUGUGAUAUAUGAUAUAUGAUAUAUGAUAUAUGAUCCUAAUAUGCAAUUAUUUUCAUGUACGACACUGACGCACUUUGAUCGUCCUGCAUGACGCUGGUGUCUGACAGUUUUACGUUCAUCCUGGAGCUAUGUGAGGUUUCGUUCUCUCUCAACAUCACUACCUUCUCCUUCCGUCGGUCACAUGUGCAUGAAGAGCACGUCGCUGUGUUCACGCUGGAGGGAAACCUCAACUUGUUCUUCACUCAUCAUCAGGAAUGAAAACUGUAUCAGCACAAAGUAUUUAUAAAAAAAUCACAUCAAAUGUCAAUAAAUUAUUUUAUACUUUGA